AUGGUGGACGACGCCCUUCCACCCAGCAAGAAGCUGCGUCGGAAGCAGGAGAAAGCUCAAUGGCUUGCUGACCGCAAAGCUUCUCAAUUGGCUACAGGCAGUAGAAAGUCCUCAAGAAAGCGUCGGAACCAGCGUCAGAGUCAUUCUAGUGCAACUAUUGAGCUCGUGCCCAUUGUCCACUGCCAGUCGUGCUCGUCCACCAAGUGUACCCAUCGACUGGCAGGCAUAACUUGUGUCGUCCGUAGCAUUAAUCCAUACGUCCAUCGCUUCGCCUUGUUUGUCAAAGGUCGGUGGGUUGGCUCGUCUGUGGGUGAAGUCUUUACCCGUGAGUUUCCGACGCUGUCAGCCACUUAUUGCGCUCGAGCGGUGCAAUUAGGACUCGUUCGAGUGAAUGGAAGCGAGGCAAGUCUCGACUUGGUUCUCAAAAGUGGAGACUUUUUCGAGCACUGGAAGCACCGACAUGAACCAAGUAUCCAUUGUCCAGUAGUAAAAGGACGCGGUCAAAAGCUCGAAACGAAGCGGACGACGACGUCUCUCUCAUCGACGUGGGUACAUUGCGAAACGAACGAGGUGAUGGUCGUUGAUAAACCGUCCGGGAUUCCAGUGCAUCCAACUGGAAGUUACCACUUUAAUUCAUUAGUGCAGAUCCUGCAGCAUGAACGACGUAAAGCUACACAAGGUGAGAUAGAGGUUGAGACGUUGGAGUUGUUCCCAGUCCAUCGACUGGAUCGACUCACGUCUGGGCUGUUGCUACUUGCUAAGUCGGUGGAGAAGGCACGUAGUCUAUCUGCCGAAUUGACUGCUACUUCGUCCGUAGAAGGUUUGGAAAGUCGUCUCGUGCAGAAGUACUAUGUAGCACGAGUGACGGGCGAGUUCCCGCAGGUUGAAGCGACUUCGACGUGGGCACAUGUUGAAGGCGUGAGCUCUGGACUCGUGAAGAUUGAAGCUGUGGAGGACGGCUACUGGCGUGUAACGGCUCCAAUUGGAUUGGAAACUCCACGUCAAGGACAUGUGCGGUGUGUGACUGAAGCUCCGGGUGCAAAGUCUUGUGUUACGCUGAUACGUCUUCACGGAAAAGCUGUGAACGGUCAAAGUAUUGUCGAGUGUCGACUUGUGACAGGGCGGACGCACCAGAUCCGCGUCCACUUGCAGCAUUUGGGCUUCCCUGUUGCGAAUGAUCCGCUUUAUGGCCGGGAGUUGAUUGAAAAUAGUCGAAUCGAGACUUUCGACUAUCGAGCAGGUACAGUUGGAGUUGCAGUACAAGUGAUGGCUAAUGGCUAUGAAACCUCGAACACUGGAACGGAACCGCCUGUUGAAGGUGAAGAUCGAGACGAGGAAGAGCGAUGUAUUUGUGCAUGUGACAUCUGCAUUGGAGCCAUGCAAGAAAAACAAUUGGGGGAAGUGGAGGAGACAGAUGUCUUAUGGCUACAUUCGUAUCGGUACGAAUCGCCAAGCUGGUCUUAUGAAGUGCCACUACCGCGAUGGGCUUAUUUACACGAGGGUGAGCACGAGAUCGAAUACAGAAAGGAAGCGUUGUAA